GUUGUACAAUUCUAUGAAGCUGAACCAAAAUUAGAAACGAGUUGGAAAAGAGAGAGAGGAGAGAGUUGGCAUUUCCGAUAUAAAUGAUCCAACACAAGGACAAGUAGGAGAGAAAGGAAAGAGGGAAAGGGGAAUCGGAGAUCACAUAGAGUUAUCCACCCUUUCAAGUUUCUCUUCUUUUUCUUUCUUCCUCCAUUUUCCUUGAAGUACUCUUGAUUUACUGACAUUUUCUAACACCAUGUUCGCCGUAAAUGGAAGCACUUUUCUGAAUAAUUCGCUCUCUGGGGUACCUAGAGUCUUUCCACGGUCUACACAAAGAGUGGCAGCUCCAUCAGUGGUGGUGGCUGCUGUGAGUUCAAAUGGGCGUCCCGGAGAUCGAAACGUCAGCGUGUUGAUGGAGAAUACUUCGAAAGAAGUAGUGGAAAGUGCUACAUCGUCAUCAUCACCAUCAGUUAUAGACAAAGACGCCAAAUCAACUGUUGGAGGAGGAGUUCAAGACGUGUAUGGUGAGGAUAGUGCCACAGAGGAUAUGCACAUCACACCCUGGACUGUAACUGUUGCCAGGUUAUGAACCCUGUUUCUUCCUUUCGUUUUUUAUUUUUCAUACGAGUUUCGCCAAUUCCCAUGUUCCAUUCACGUGUUCCAGUUCUACUGAUCCUUUUCUUUUCCAACAAAUAAAGAUUGGAUUUUUAUGUUUCGCCUGUUUCUGGAAAGUAAUAAUUUUCAAGUUAAUGACUCCAUUUCUGUAAUUGAAAAUUUUCUCCCUUCAAAUUUUGAUGCUGUCAAAUGUUGUCGAGUUUCUAGUCCAGUCAUCUUGUUUCGUAAACGAACGGAUGUAUUAAUAAGCAUUUGUUGAACUUAGAAAUGCUGUCAAAAUGGAAAAUGAGAUAUCAUGUAAUUUUUUGUGAGAUAAUUAUUAUUUUCCUUGUGAGUUCUUAUAAGUGAUCUCGUUUGUGCAUAGAAAGAUGAAGGUUUUUCGCCCCUGCAUAAUGUUUUCACUCAGAAAUGAUUUUACAGUAGCAUAAUAGCCUUUUGAAGCAGAGAGGAUCCAAUAUUUUAUUGUGUUUUUUAAAGCUUAACGAAUUAGGAAAAAGCAGAAGAAUGGUGUAUGAGAUAAUUUAGUAUUUGCUACAUUACUCUGGCUUAUUCCUCCUUAUUUUCUUGAUGAGAUGAUUGACCCUUCAU